AUGUCAAUACGCAAUGCUUUCCAUACACUGCUGGUGGCCUUUGGAUUAUUGAAAAAACAGUCCAAAGUAUUAUAUGUAGGACUAGACAAUUCUGGAAAGUCGACCAUUAUACAGCACUUUAAGGGUAUCGAUGGAUCAAAAAGCGAUAUUAUUCCUACUGUUGGAUUCACUGUAGAAACAUUCGAGACCAACAGAGUGACAUUCACAGCAUUUGAUAUGUCUGGACAAGGCAAGUACCGUAACCUAUGGAAACACUACUAUUCCGAAGCAGACGCAAUUGUGUUUGUAGUGGAUGCAUCUGAUCGAGAACGAAUGGCUGUUGCACGACAAGAAUUGGAGAUUUUAUUGGAUAACAAUGUAUGCAAAACUCGACUUAUGCCCAUUCUGUUUUUGGCCAAUAAAAUGGAUUUACCUGGUGUGCUUACUCCAGUCGAGUGCACAGAGGCAUUAGGAUUGGUUCGUAUUAGAGAUCGCGCCUGGACAAUAAGUGCGUGUAAUGCUCUCACAGGAGAUGGACUCGAAUAUGCAAUAGAAUGGCUUACCAACACACUCAAUGAUAAAAGCUGA